UUCUUUUCUUCCCAACGCCCAGAAUCCACCAAUGGGAAUUCGCCUUUCUCCCUGACGUCAUCAGUCUCCGGGCAGAAUCUCCCCGGCCCUUUUUUCCGCCAUUAACGGCCAUUCCGGGGACGCGCCAAUGGGAAUCGGGUUCCUGUGGUGGCGUCACCGGUCUCCAGGCAGACCCGCCCUCGCCUUCCUGCCUGCGGGUCACGUGACUGGCUGAGCGACCGUUGGGAACGUCGAGGCCUAAAAGCCGGAGGAAAUAUGAUUUUUGGCUGAGAAUUUCGGAGUAGAGCCUGUGGAGGGAUUUCUUCCUCUUGAAAGAAAGAAGAGGAGGAAAAGCAUCUUGGAUACGGUUGGGUUCUUCAUCAGAGUGGUUCCAACAUGGAGAGACCCAACUCACGUGGGCCUGAAGCAGGACCUGGGGGCAGUGGGGAAUCCUGGGAAAGAACCAGACAUGAGUCCCUGAGUGUGGACCUUGACAGCUCGGACACACAGCGCCAGCGCUUCAGGCAGUCCUCCUACCAAGAGGGUGAAGGACCCAGAGGGGUUUGCAGUCGUCUCCACGAUCUGUGCCGCCAGUGGCUGAAGCCAGAGCAGCACACCAAGGCCGAGGUGCUGGACCUGGUGACCCUGGAGCAGUUCCUGAGCAUCCUGCCCCCAGAGAUGGGGAGCUGGGUCCGAGAGUGUGGGGCAGAGACCUGUUCCCAGGCGGUGGCCCUGGCGGAAGGCUUCCUCCUGAGUCGGGCCGAGGACAAGGAGCAGGAAGGACAGGCCCCUAAUAACUCCAUGGCAGUCCUUGCACCAGAGGAAUCUCCACCAGACACCACCCAGAGUCUCAGGGAGAAGGAGCUGAAGCGGGAAGGAGACGGGGCUGCCGCCUUGCAGGGUGAGAAGGAACUCUUCUGGGAGUUUUGGGGUUUUGUGCCAGUGGAAAUCCCGCUUUGGGGGGAUGAUUGCACACCCACAGUUUGAGCUUCAGAAGGUGAACAUGCCAGAUCAUUUCGCCUUGAGAGGGGUAUAUAUCUUAAACUUGUGUCCUUUGUGUGAUGUUUUAUGUACUUUGAUAUGUAUUUUAUAGAAAGGCAGUUUUAAUGUGGAUCUUUUAUAGAAAGAUGUAUCUUUGUUGAAUUGUGGCAAUGUUCGUGUUUUUAAAAUUGUGUUGUAACCCGUCUCGAACUGCAAGGAGAG